CUCUGGCACGAAUCAACGAUUACAAACGAAAUGAAUGACAUUUUGGUUUGGAGAAAGCAUCGCCUACACAGCGGAGAUCCUCUAAACAUGGCCGAGAAGAACAUUGGCUCGGAAUGCUGAGGCGUUGCUCAUAGCCGGAUGGGGCACCUCGGCGCGCUUGAUCCAAUAAACAGAAGGAGGCGUGCUCAGGCAAAGGACGAAAUAUACCUGCAGAUUGCGCUUUUAAGGUUAUCGCGAAUUUGCGGCCCAUGGAAAGCAACAGAGACGAGUCGCGUUGAGAUCGGAGCACGAUAAAGAGCGAGGGUCGCGACAGUGAAGCCGAUUGCAGACAGGCCCCGGUUUUUUGAUCUAAUGAACGUACAGAAGCCUGCCAGGUUUGAGGUGCGAGAAGGUUCCUACCGAACCUCCGUCAAUGUAUUUGAUCAACAGCGUCAAGUCAACUUUGCCACCCACCCAAGAUGUUACUGUGACAAGCACAAGAUUUGUCGCGGGGAGGACCGAUGGGGCAAUGUCAAGGCGCUUGGCGCAGAUGACAGAGGAAAAUAUCGAACAAGGUGGGAGGAGCGCUCAAAGAGCUGUGGAAGAAGCCGGCUUGUCGGAAGAGCUCAGGAAAAGUCUGGAGCUGAAGGCUGCGAUGGCAGAUCUCACCAACGUGGACGGCGACAAUUCGCGCACACAACAUACUUCCAGCGGACUAGGCGCUGCAGUUGAAAGCUUUAUAUCGGAAUCGGAGCGUAAUGUAGAUACUUCUCGACCACCGCUCGUCAAUGUUCAGAAGACAACGCUCAGAAUACCAAGGUCGCUUUCGACGCCUAGUAAAUCAUCAAUCUCAAGUGGUACUCCUCGACCCGGCGUCGGCUCACAUACAAGCUUGAGACUUGCCAAUGCGCUAGAUCAAUCAGAGGCGUAUAGAUCGACUCAAGAUGCUAACGUCGUCGACGACGAGCGGGCUAGAUUUCGAGCGGAGAUGAAGGAACGUUUCAAGCCUGGAGGUCGACAGGUCGCUGCUACUCUGCAAGGCCUCGCGGCAUUGGCAGACCGUCGAGUUGAAGAAGCCAUGUCACGGGGAGCUUUUGCCAAUCUACCGCGAGGAAAGGAGAUUGAGCGAGACCACAAUGCCAAUAGCCCUUUUAUCAAUACGACCGAAUACUUUAUGAACAAGAUGAUCCAGCGGCAGGAUAUCGUUCCGCCAUGGAUUGAGAAGCAGCAAGAGGUCACAAGUACUGCGAACAAGUUUCGUAGUGGACUGCGUAUUGCAUGGAAACGUCAUGUCGCCCGAACGAUAGCAAGCUGGGGAGGCGACCUCGAGAGCCAGAUGAAGCUCGCAAGCGAGUAUGCUUUCGCUGAAAGCCUCGGUGGCAACUUGCAAGCGGCCGACAAUUUUCAGGUGGCUAAACAAACAAACGAGAUGCCCACAGCGACGAUCAAGGAUGACCUGGCAACUUCAGAUCGCGAACUUGUCUCCAAGCAAGACAUUGGACCUGUUGCGACUGAAGGUCUGGUCGGCGAGAGUGAAGUGAGGCUGACGGGAUUCGUCCAGCCAGAGGCUUCGUCAAGUCAAAAUGAGACUCGCGACACUCCCGGCUCAGGCCAUAGCCGACAGCCAACGGUAGAACCGUUCCGAGACCCGCAGUGGGAACGCACAGAAAGAGCAUAUCACCAGAUUGCCAUUGCGAACCUCAAUUCUUUGACACGGUCGUACAAUCUAAUGGCUCCCGACAUGGCGAAGAAGCCUUACUUCUCGCUGGAGCGAGAAUUACGGGCAUGCUUUGCGGCCGUCGCGCCACAAGUUUCAGACGCCAUUAAAGAGCGGGCGUUGGCCUCGUCCGUACGAGGCAGGGAGCACAUCACUCGUGAGCCCAAAGGAGUACUAGCAAAGUUCGCCAUAGACAAAGCUGGCCACGUGUAUGAUGAGCAGCGACCGCAAUACGGAUUUCGCGAAUUCUGGAGAGAUCUGUUCUCGAAAGACAAGUAA